UGGAUGAGGUGAAUCUUUAAAAAUGUGGAUUGCUUUGAAGACAAUUUUAGUAAAUAUUAGUCAAGGAAGAAGAACACAUCUUUGCUGCAACUGCUUUGGAUAAGUCAUGAGUGGAUGUCCGUACUUUGAGAAGAGGCAUUUGUUAUUCAAAAACAAGCCUCCAACAACGGAGGAAGAGGAACAGGAUGCUUCUCAGGAAGGGGUUAACAAGGCCAGUAAAGGAGGAAUCAUCUAUGGAGACUACCUGCAGCUCGACAAGAUAGUCUCAGCUCAGGUAUUGCAGAGUGAAUUAAAGGGUAAUAAGAUCCAUGAUGAGCACCUCUUCAUCGUCACCCAUCAAGCCUAUGAGCUGUGGUUCAAACAGAUCUUGUUUGAACUUGACUCAGUGCGAGAGAUUUUCAUCAGCGGACAUGUCAGAGAUGAACGCAAUAUGCUCAAAGUCAACACUCGCAUCCACAGGAUUGUAAUGAUCUUCAGACUGUUGGUUGACCAGUUUGCGGUUUUGGAAACAAUGACGGCCUUGGACUUUUUUGACUUCAGGGAAUACCUGUCUCCAGCCUCUGGAUUCCAAAGCCUUCAGUUUCGGAUCCUGGAGAACAAAAUCGGGGUCCCGGAUAACCUGAGGGUUCCGUACAACAGACAGCAUUACAGGGACAAUUUCAAGGGUCGUGACAGUGAGAUGUUGCUUGCUACUGAACAGGAGCCAACACUCUUAAAACUAGUCGAGGAAUGGCUGGAGAGAACUCCAGGGUUGGAGGCAGAUGGAUUCAAUUUUUGGGAAAAGCUGGAAAUCAAUAUAUUUGAAGGGUUGAAUCAGGAGAAGGAGAGAAUCGAGAAAAUGCCAGACUCUGAGGAGAAGGAGGAGCUGAUGGCUGAGCUGGUCAAACAGAAAGAGCUGUUCACUUCUCUGUUUGAUGAAAAGCGUCAUGACCAUCUUCUUAGCAAAGGCGAGAGGCGGCUCUCUUACAAGGCUCUCCAAGGUGCCCUCAUGAUCUACUUCUACAGGGAAGAGCCAAGGUUUCAGGUGCCUUUCCAGCUGCUCACGUCCCUCAUGGAUAUCGACACCCUGAUGACCAAAUGGAGAUACAAUCAUGUAUGCAUGGUACAUCGGAUGAUUGGUAGCAAAGCCGGCACAGGGGGCUCAUCUGGGUACCACUACCUGAGAUCUACUGUCAGCGACCGCUACAAAGUGUUUGUGGAUCUGUUCAACCUGGCAACAUUCCUGGUGCCUCGCAGCUGGGUGCCCAAGCUAAACCCCAACGUUCACACCUUCCUCUACAUGGCCGAAUGCUGCGACAGCUCCUACUGCAGCAGUGAAGACUCAGACUAGGAGGCCUCUCUGUGGUCUGUCCUGACUUCCUUUCUUUCACUGUAACUGACCUCACAACAGUAAAUGCACAGCACAGCACCUUGUACAGCUGUCAAGUUCCAGUGACAAGUGUGUAUGUCAGUAGGUAGCGAGCAAAACAUGCAAAGACUGAUAUGGAUGUCUUAAGGUUGAGGUACCUGAGAGAGUCCAUACAUUUGAAUAGAAUCUCUGAGAGAAGUCUCAAAUACAUUACAGAACACUCAACUGUUACACAGGGCGAUGAAGGAAAUAAAUUAGCAUUUUUGGAGCAUGCCACUGGCAUAAGAGGCAUUUGACACUAUGAUGAUAACUGGUCAGGCUUUUUUGAAUAUCUUCUUUUACGCGACAUGUAAAUGCAGAGAAAUACACAAAAUUUGUUCACUUUAAUGUUAAUGCCAAGCAAGUGGAAAAAUCUCUCAUCGCAUCAUAAUAAAAGUCUAUCCUCCAAUUAUGUUAACAAAGAACAGAACAGCAAAUUCCUGGCUCAUUAGUCUCAUCAGGCCGCAGCACUGAGGUUCAUACUGCAGAAAUUUGUGACGGUGUGUCAGGCCUUAAAUAAAUCACAUGACCAGAUUAGAAUAUUUUAUUCUAAUCUCUAAUCUUGACUGGUCACAAAGUAAAGCAGAUGGCUCCUUGAUAAGAUUUGCUUGGAUGUUUUCCAAUAAAAUUAUGUAAAUGCACCGUGACAGACCUGAAAGCAAAUGGAUCGGUGAGAGCAGUGAUCAAACUAGUGGCGAUGAUGGCUUCUUGCAAAAGCAUUAUCUUUCAUGUCAGCGUGGAGAAGGUGUCAGGGAGGCAGCCAUUUCAAAUUACUGAGUGGUAAUUCUGAUGUGAGAAGAGUACAUGAAAAGACAAAUAUGUGUAUAAACAAUCAAUGUUAACACUUUAAUAGAAAGAUUUGCUUAGCAUAUGUAAAACUAUAAAACAUGAACCACAAACUGUGUACAUAAUGUUAAUAAUGUAGUUGUGUAAUAAUGUUUUGUAUAGUAUUCUGUAAGAUUAAUUUUUGUUAUAUAUUUAUGCAGUGAUUGUGAUGGCUGUAUAGACAGAUUUUUGACUCAUAUUACCUAUAAUAUGUAUCUGCCUUGUGUAUUUAAUGAGAUCCAUUUUUUAUACAAAGCAUCUGUUCUUAUUAUUGCAGCUUUGCAGUGUUGUGUGUUGAAUGCUAUCUCUUUAAUGAUGCAACACGGUGACAUUUCAAUAAAAAAGUGUGAUUUA